AAAGCCUACCACCAUUAGAACACAAAAAUCUUUGUAUCUCUCUCAUCUCUCAAUCGAUUUUAAAGAUUUUUGGUGGGUUGGUUUCGGUUUUGAAAGGCUCUCUCCAUUACUUAUUAUCUCAUCUGCUAGUUCUGCAUCAAUCCUCGUCGAAUACAAGGAACAAUGGGAAGAACCAAUUUGAGACUUGGGGAAAAACAAACUAAGGCAAAGGAAGUUGUAGAGAGGAUUGUGGAAAAGAAAAAGAAGAAAGCAAUUCAGUCUAAGGGUUCACUUGGUAAACAAAAAGCUCUAGCAAGCAAGAAGAAGAAUAAGGAGCUUGUGAUUGAGGAUACUGAUUCAGAGGACAGGGACAUGGGUGAGAGUGAGUCUGCUUCUCCACCACCUCCAGCUGCCAAGGAAAAGCAGAUUAAACCAACCAAGAAGAAACCUACCUACUCCAAAUUGAUGAAGCACCUUAAGACAAUCAAGUUUGCUCCAACUAGAUACCCAGAUCAUGAAUUCCUUCACAAUGUUGGCCUCCUUGAAGACAUGCAAACUAUCUUCACAACUUUGGGAUUAGGACAGUUCUUCAAUAUGGCUUUUCCCACCUAUGUUGAGCCGACAAGAGAGUUUCUUGCAUCCUUGUUAGUGACUUAUUAUGAGGAUGAGAUGGUGGAGGAGAAUAAUGAUCUUGGGCAUUUUGAGUUUAAGGUUCAAGGGAAGCACUACAAGAUGACCUUUGGAGAGUUGGGAACUAUCUAUGGUUUUCAACCAGGAGCAAGGCUGGAAUACAACAUUAACCCUAAGGAGUAUAGUUCUUUUUGGGAAUAUAUUGGUAUGGGAAGAUACAUAGCUGGUCAAGCUAAAAACUAAGGCAUCCAACACCCUACAGUGAGAUAUGCUCACAAGGUUCUCUCUCACACUCUUUUUGCAAGAAGAGAAGCUGGAGCAGUUCAAGCCAUGAACUUGGCUGUCUUAUAGCAGGACUGCAACCUUUCAUAAGAACCUAUGAAGAAAGGAAUCCUCCAUUGUCUAAUGCUGAAAACACUUAUGUUGCUGCUGUUUUUCUUCACCAAUUGCUUCACUACAAGAAUUGGGUUUGGGAAACAAGAGAUAGGACUCCUAUCCUAAGUAUGGGUGGACUUGUCACCCCCAUUUUGCAAGCAAAAGGAGUUGAGCUUGGUGAGUUUGACCAUGACAUUGCAAGGCUUGAUCCAGUCUACCUCAAGAAGACAACUUAUUUGGAUGGCCAAACUGAGAAAGGUUUCUAUGCCUACUAUGGCUACAUUUUCAAAAGCAUGCAAAAGCAAAGGCUCCUACUCCCUCAAAAGGAUGUCACAAGCCUUUAUAUCAAGUAUGGAAUAUGUUGCCAGAUUAAAGAUGACUUCUUGUACUCCUCUAAGCAUGAUGGACCAGUGAUUCCAAUAACAACUUCAUGGAAGGGGAGAAAUCCAACUGAAGACACUUCACAAGCAGCUUCUCCCAGUCCAGUUUAUGGGAGUGCUAGGUAUGACUUCCAACCAUUUGAAGAAGCCACUACAAACAAGUCUCUUAGAGCUGCACACACCCAUAUCGACCUUCUCCAGUGCUUGGUUAGAUGGCAAGGGAAGAACAUUAAGAAGCUAGUAAAGGGAGGGAAGGGUCUUCACAUAAGGUUGAAGCAUGUGGAAGCCAAACUUGACAUUACAAGUACUUCAAGACCAAACCCUGAAGUUGAAGUGAAUCCAAGAGGAGAGCAAGCUGAUGAGGUUGAGGAUGAGUUGGAGAGACACUCAUUUCAUGGUGAAGCUAGUACUGCACUAGGAUUCUAUGACCCACCAAGAGCUUCAGCAUAUGAGAGGAGACAAAGAAGGAAGAGAAGGGCUGAGAAGUCUCCAACACCAUGCACUAGUAACUCCUCCUACUCUCUUGACUCCUCCAUGAACUAGAGGUACACUCCAAGUCCUUGUACAUAGAGUCUUUUCUUAUUUUCAGCUUAAUUUUCUUGUCCUUGUUAGUUUCUUUCCUAGCUUUUCUCACACAGGGACUGUGUGAAUUAAGUUUGGGGGAGGGACUAACCAUCUAACAUUGUGUUUUUUUUUUA